AGAGUACGGACAACGAUCAAACGUACUCUAUUUGGGCAGACCAUCGUACAAAUUGGAAUGGCCAAAAUGAUGGCCAUUCCAUAUUUAUUUUUCUUCGAAAAAAAAGAAAAAACGUUAAGAGUACGGACAACGAUCAAACGUACUCUAUUUGGGCAGACCAUCGUACAAAUUGGAAUGGCCAAAAUGAUGGCCAUUCCAUAUUUAUUUUUCUUCGAAAAAAAAGAAAAAACGUUA